AUGGCCCCCUCAUGGUGGCCACGGCAUUUCCUGUCCGCCACUAGCUUUGCGCUGUUGCUCGGCUUCGGGUUUGGCGGCGCAUUUGAGCUUUCAACAAGCAACCACAACAGGCCUGUCGGAAUAGAUCGCGGCGUGGAUCGAUUUUCGGAUCAUGAUGACUUUCCCAUGCCCACCGCUUUUAAGAAGGACUUCACCAGACCCUUGGAUAUUCCGGAGGAGGGUCUUCAGACUGCCAUGGAGGUGCUUCGCAGCGGAAGACUUUUUCGGUAUAGCACUGAGGCCGCGGAGCUCUCACAGGUAGCGCUAGCUGAGGCCGACUUCGCGCAGGCAAUGGGAGCGCGAUAUGCCGUGGGGGUCAACUCUUGUUCGUCAGCGAUACUCAUCGGUCUCAUGUGCGUUGGAGUCAAGGCCGGCGACGAGGUGCUGACGAACGCCUUCACGUUCACCGCUGUCCCCUCCACUAUUUUGAGACUAGGAGCGAAGCCCUGUCUGGUGGAGUGCGGUGACAAGUGCGUAUUGAUAUGCUGUGCAGGAGAAUUGCUGGGUGGCUUGAUUGUUGGGGGCCUUCUGGUAUAUCGCCGUCCUCCACGUGUCUACCAUGCUGCAGCCCAGCAGCGGCAAAGAAACCAUCACUGA